AUGGGGUGUAAACUUAGUAAGGUGAAAAAUGAAAGAAAGAAAGAUGAGCAUAAGACAAAUGCAAUUAACAGUGACUUCAACAAUGAUGUACUGAAGAUAUAUAGAACAGACACAAAUGGUUCGAACUCAUAUAGGAAGAUAAAAAAGGAAAGUUGUACAAAUAGAGACAGUGAUAAAUCUAAUAUACAGUCUGAUAAAAGAAGAGCUAUCAAUAGUUAUAAUGAAAAUGAAAAAGGUAACGGCGAUGUUGCUUGUCAUCCUGAUAGCAAUAAUUCUUUUUCUCAAAUGAACUAUAUGACCAAUGAUAAAAGGAAAUAUAAAAAGGGAGAAAAAGGAAAAAGACAUGGCAAAAAAAAUGAAUAUGAUAUUAAUUCCGUUUCAUACAAAGGAGAUAAUAAUAAUAAUAAUAACAGCCGAGGUGAAAAGAAAAAAACAUUGGAAAAACUUAAAAUGAGCCAUUCUGGAGUGAAGAUUAUCGAAAGGGAGAGUGAUAAAAAAUGUAUUAAAAAUAAAAUUGAUAAUAAUUCAUUUACAGGAAUAAUAAAAACAAUCAAUAAUACAUUCAUGAAAAGGAAAUCCCAAAAUAGGGAGAAUAAAGAAAGGAUAAAAUCUCCUUCAAUUAUAGAGAAAGAAACCGUUUUAAAAAAAAAAUAUAAAAUCUUAUACAAAAAGAGCAAGGAUGAAAACCGCACCAAGGGGGAUCAAAAUGAACAUCUACAUGUGCGUCUAAAUAAGUUUCCAUAUGCUUAUCGGAAGAACGAACAAACAAAGGAGAGUUACAACUGUCUAGGAAGUAAGAAAAAAGAAGAAUUGUUAAUGAGGGUUACCAGAAAAAAUAAAGAACAAUUAUUGUAUUAUCACGAUUUUAGAAGUAUGAAGUUAAAAAAAAAUACCUUUUUAUAUAUAUACGAAUUUUAUAAAUUUAAUAGUAACGUAUUUAAUUUGUUUUCUAUAAUGCCCAGCCACAUUUCUGAAAAUGUGCAUGCGUCCAAAAUAUUAUUUGAAAGCUCAUUGAUAGGAAAAUAUAUAAUACUACCGUGGAUCGAAAAUGAUCCCGAUAUAAAAAAUAAUAUGUAUAUGAAAUAUGUGAAAUAUGCUUCUGAAAAUAAAUUAAAGAUGAAUAACAUUAACACAGAUGAAUCACGCAGUAAGGAAGUUAAUUUCUGUGGACUCUUUAACAAUAAUUAUUAUGAUAAGGACUACGACAACGAGAAUAAUGACUAUUGUGAUGAUCAGAAAAAAAGGAAGAAUAAAAAGGAGGAGAAUAACGAGGAGAAGAAUAACAAGGAGAAGGAGAGUGAGAAGAUGAAGAGUGAGAAGAAGAAGAGAGAGAAGAUGCAGAGAGAGAAGAUGAAGAGUGAGAAUAAGAAGAGUGAGAGGAAGAAGAGUGAGAAUAAGAAGAGUGAGAGGAAGAAGAGUGAGAAGAAGGACGAGAGUGAUAAAAAAAGACAGAAAUGUAACGCACCCAAUGAUAAAUACACGUCGAAUGGUAUUUCUACAAAUAUUUUAAUAAAAAAAGUACGAUUAUACAAUGGGAAUACAGAAAAAGAGAAAGAGAAGAAGUACGUCAAUAACAGAAAUUUCAGCAUGCAUAACUUAUUCAAACUACACCAUAGAAAACCAUCAAUCGUUCAUACCAAACACUGGAUAAAUAAGAAUGAACUUGUUUGUAUACAAAAUGAGGGAUCAAAAGGAACUGCUACUAAAACGAAAGAUGUUGAAGAUAAAAGAGAUAGUAAUAAUAAAGAGAAGAAAUGCAAAAACACAACUUCCGACGAAGGGAAAAGAAUAUUGUUAGAGAAAAGAGAAAAGAAAAUGGAUAAAGUAGAAAAGAAGAAGAAAAAUGGUAUUAUUAUUCAAUCGAAAGAAGAUCCCAUGUUAAGAAAUAAAAAAUUGAUUCAUAAAAAUCAAAAAAUUCAAGCAAUAAAUAGAAAUAAAAAAAAGAAGGAACACUAUCAAAAUGUGUAUGAUGAAGAAUCCAUUAAGAAUAACAAGAAUAAUAUAUCCAAUAUGGAAAAUGAUAAGGCAGAAAAGAAGGAAUACACCCAUUAUAACAUACCUUGUAGUAGAAUAAUAGGAAUGAGUACUUGUCUUGCGGAAUCCAUGGAACAUAAAAAAAUGGAAGUGCUAAUAAAGGAUUCAAAAAAAAAUAAUCAAACAAAAAACAGCCACCAGGAUGAGGAGGUUAAGAAGAAAAAGGCAAGAAAUUCUAAACAUUUGAAGGCAAGGAAAAAGAGAGAAAAACUUAUGAAUUCUUCCGAAAAUAACGUGACUCUAACAAUGAUUUGUAGAGAUAUGGAAUCGAGGGUAAUUAAGGAAAAGGAAGGGAAUAGAAAAAGCCCAACAGAUGAGAAAAAAUCUAAAAUGGUAGUUAGAAUUACUAUGGAGGAAAAUAAAAUUAACGGAAUAAAUUGUCAUGUAGGAAAAAAAGAAGUGAAGGAAGAAGAACAGUUUAGAAAUAAUAGUAACAAGAAGAAUAAAGAAUUAUUAAAAAAGGGAAAUGGAUUAAGAAGAGAUGAAGAAAUGAAUACAAUUUCUCUUUCAAAGGAUAGUAGUAUUCCAAAUAGUAACAUAAAAGUGGUGAAACGGGUUAAGAGAAAAAUGGAAAUCCAUAAAAUUCCCUAUCACCAAAUUGUCACAGAAAAUAGAAAUAAAAUGCGCAUAGAUAUGUGGAAUACAAAGUUGGAAGAUCCUAAAUUACAGCAACAUACUUGUAGAGAUAAUAAUAUCCGACAUAAUGACAAAUUAGGAGAAGGGGAAAGAACCCAAAUGAUUCACAACAAAUGUGAAACAAGUGAAGCUUUGAGAGCAGAUAAAACAGCACAAGAAUAUUGUGAUCAUAAAUACAGAUUAAGUGGAAAUAGUAUUAAAAAGAAUUACAUAGUGUGCAGAAAAUGUCAUAGAAAAAGGUGUAUAUUUCAUUAUUCGAAUGGUUUUAAAUUAUACGGAUGGAUAGAUUAUAAAUGGACAGAUCCUGAUGGAUUCUUAGAAUUGAGUGUUCGACAGAAAAAAAAAUUUGAUUCGUGGAAAAGAUUAUCAGAAUUGUAUGAUAAUCCUAUUGUUAUGUCAACAAAUUUGUACAAUAAUUGUAUAAGACAAGGAUUUGUAGCUGAUUGUUCUUUUUUAUCAUCGCUAACAGUUUUGAUUGAAUAUGAAAAAAAACAUAAAGUUCCUGUAUUGUCAAGUAUUAUAUCGCCAUGUUCAUCUAAUUAUGUGCAUGUAAAUAAAACAUGGCCAGUGUUCAACCCCAGUGGUAUGUAUAUUUGUAGACUACAUUGUAAUGGUAUUCAAAGAAAAAUUAUCAUAGAUGAUUAUGUACCUGUAAAGAAUAAUAAUUCCUUAUUAGUUGCUUAUUCAAAUAAUCAAAAGGAGUUAUGGGUUACACUGUUAGAAAAAGCUUUUGUUAAAUUAAUGGGUGGUUCAUAUUCUAUGUAUGGAUCCAACCCAGGUUCUGACUUGUAUUAUUUAACCGGUUGGAUCCCAGUAACUAUUUCGUUAAAAACUAAGAUAAGUAGUUCUCCUCCUUCGCUUGACCAUAUCACAAUGCACGCAACAUUAAAUUCAGAUUCAUUCAUUUUGGAUAAGAAAUCUAAAGUGGAAAACGGCAAACGUGUACAAAGUCUAAGCUUAAAUGCAAGAAACAAAAUGCAUUUAACAUCCACACAAUAUUUGAAAUAUAAGAAGAGGGAAAAUGAGAUAUAUCGUACAAAGAGAUUUAACAAAUGGAUUUUAAAUAACCAAAAUGUGAAGGCAUACAAUAGAGGUAACAUGUUAUACGCGAGAGGUGAUAGUUCAGGCUUGAGGUAUGAUUUCCCAGUUGAUGCCAACUUAAGUAUGCACAUAUUGUAUAGAAAUAAGAAUUAUUCCUAUGCUAAUGUUAAUUUGUUAAUGUAUCAAAAGUUAAAGAUUUUCUGGAAUAUGCAUUAUUUGUAUGCAGUGAAAUUGGAAAAAGAAAAGGUGAAUAAAAAAAGAAAAUCGCUCAGAACAAAUAAACAAUUGAAAGGUAUUGUUAAAAAGUUAAGAAAUGUGGAUGAUAUUAUAACAAAAAACGUUUUAGAAAAUGAAUCCUCAAUUAAAGAGUCCAAGGAGAAAUUUUGCUUGAAAAACACACUGGAAAGAGAAUAUUUUCAGGGCCCUUCUUCCAUAAUGAUGAGACAAUGGCAUGGAAACAAGAAUAGUUCGUGUCAUGUAAGAAAUGUUACUAAGAGAAAUAAUGAAAAUAUUAAAAAGAUAUCUAAAGGAUGUAGUGUAGAUUACGAAAUGAGACGAAAUCAUAAGAACCAGUUUCUGUGUGAAGAAAUAAGUAGCAUGGAUUUAUCAUCGUAUGUGUGUGGGUCUGUUGAUCAGUAUAGCUAUAUAAAUAAAAGAGGAGAAAGUUCUAAUUAUAUUGAUGAUGAAUAUGAGGAAUAUGAUGAGAGAUGGGAUAUUAUAUGGAAUAAUAUGUAUGAUGGGAUAAAAAAAGGGAAAUGUGUAGUUUGUUUAGGUACCUUAGAACUAAAAGAUGCUGCACCUUCUGGAUUAGACUAUCCAGAGGGUGUAUCCAUGUCAACUGGUAUUGUUACUAGACACGCUUAUUCCAUUUUAAAUAUUGAAUCUUAUAAUGGAGAUAAGUUAUUAUAUAUUAAAAAUCCAUGGGGUUGUAUUAGAUGGAAGGGGAAAUAUUCUCAUCAUGAUGAAGCUACAUGGACAAAAGAAGUUCAAAAAAAAUUAAAUUAUUCUAUUGAAAAGGCAAGAGGUAAAGACGAUGGAUGCUUUUGGAUUCCUUGGAAAGAUGUAGUAAAAUAUUUUUCACAUAUUUAUAUAUGCUGGAAUAGUGUUAUUUUUCCGUAUCAAUUUGAAAUUCAUACAAAAUGGGAAAAUAGCACAUAUUUAAAUAGUUCAAUUUUACAAGAUGAUACGCAUUUGGUGGCUUACAAUCCACAGUUUGCCUUACAUGUGAAUGUAAAAAAACAGGAUUUAUCAGAAGAUGGUAUGCGUUAUAUAGGUAAGAAGCCGAUAGAAAUAUGGAUUCUUUUAUCAAGACACGUGCGAGAGAGAAAAACAGAUGUUUCGCAAAAAUAUCUAGCUUUGCACAUACAUUCAGGAAAAGACAGAAUAAUAUGUCCAUUAUUCCCCAUAAAGCAAGGAAUUUAUUCCAAUGGGGAGUGUACAUUUACCAAAUUGGUUAUAGGAGGUGAAGAUGAAUAUACUAACAAUUACAUUAUGAAAAAUUGUCCCUCGAAAAAUGACACAGUUACUGAUACUGCUACGGCUUGUGCUGCUGCAACUUCUACUUCUCCUGCACAUAAGGUAGGUAAUGUGGAUGUUGGUGGAUUUGGUAUUCAAGGUAAUGAGAUGAAUGCAUCUGAAGAUAUUGAACAGGGAACUUUAAGGAAUAUUGAUUUUGUACUGAUCGUUUCCCAGUAUUCUCAGAAGGAAGAAUUUAAUUUUACUCUUAAAGUAUUUAGUCACACGCAUUUAUCCCUUUAUGAAUUGCCACCGUUGUUACCAGAUAUUUAUGAAUCUCUUUAUUUUAAAGGACAGUGGACAAAUAAAUGCGCAGGAGGAUGUUCAAACAAUUUAUGGUCCUAUUUCAGAAAUCCACAUAUACGUUUUUAUGUUCCACAAGAUUCAUCAUUUUGUAUAUUCUUAGAAUGCUCGCAAGAACAUUCAGUUAAUUUACGAAUUUUUAAAGGUAUGACAUCAUCUCCGAGAAGUUUAAAAAAAGGAGAAAUAAUAUCCAGUGGUGCUUACAAAGCAGGAUGUUGUUACAUUGAAUGUACAUUAGAAAGUGGAAUUUAUUGUCUCAUACCAUCAGUAUAUCGUGCAAAUGUUACAGGAGAUUAUCAAUUAUGUAUACAUUACCCCAAGAUUAAGCAAAAACCAGUACUUUAUUUUAUUCCGUAUUCGUAUGUUGUUCCGCCUUUUUCUUUUUUUAAAUAUCAGUUAGUGCAUUUAUAUUCUUUAAAAAAUUAUUCAGUGAUUUUAUUUCAUACGUUAUCAAUUACACUGCUGUCACUUAGAAUUACCUUUUUUGAAAAUAUGAAUAUUAAAGGAAUCCCAUUUGUUAAUAUAUACAAGCUUGUGAGUAAUACAAAUUCGUAUGAAAAUGAUUUAGAAGCUGGAAAUAUUAUAAAAAAUAAUUCAUUCAAUUCCCAUAUAGCACAUAAUAAACAUGUGUAUAAAAUGGUUAAUAAAUGCAAUAUACAUGGUGGACCAGGUAAUGAUAUCCUACCCCUUUCUACUUGUGCCUAUGAUUAUUACAUAAAAUUUAAUUCCGUACUUAUUCCACUGGUAGAAUUGGGAAAUGAACAAAAUUCUUACUUGUUGCUCAUCACGACGAAUAUAAAGGAGGAUGUUCUUUUUAACCACGAGGUUCAUUUUGUGUCAGACAAACAGAUUUUUGUUGACACGUGUUACCCUGUGCAGACCUAG